CCCUAUUAAUAAAAAUGAAAAAGAGAAGGCUCUUAAUUGAAAUUGAAAAAAACAAAGCUUAUUUUAGGAAACUCACUCACUACUUCUCUUUACCUUUCAUGUAGUAGAUUCUUCUUCCCACCGUGUCUUCAACUCGUUUUCCCAACUCAACCGUCACUCGUCCGAUUCCAACUAUCUCAUGGCCAAUAACCCCUCCGACGCUCCCGCCUCCGACGACUUUUUCGAACAAAUCCUCCGCCUUCCUACCUUCGCUUCCGCCGAUUCUGGAUUGACCAAUUCCGACCUCGGCCUAACUACCGCUCCGAUGAUGCUCCAGCUCAACUCCGCCGACGCAAACCAUCACCUCGCUUCCGGAGGUUCCUUUCAUCAGCCGGUUUAUCAGUUAGGGUUGAGCUUGGAACAAGGCAAAGGAGUGUUCUUGAAGCCCGAUGAAGCUUCUGGUAGCGGGAAACGCUUUCUCAACGACGUCGUUGAUGCUAGACCUAAUAAUAAUAAUGUUUUUCACGGGCAACCCAUGCAUACUACUGUUCCUGCUGCUCCACAUCCUCCAGCCAUGCGUCCUAGGGUGCGGGCUAGAAGAGGACAGGCUACAGAUCCACACAGCAUAGCUGAGCGAUUACGUAGAGAAAGAAUAGCAGAAAGAAUCAGGGCAUUGCAAGAACUGGUUCCAAGUGUCAACAAGACAGAUAGAGCUGCCAUGUUAGAUGAAAUUGUGGAUUAUGUCAAGUUCUUAAGGCUUCAAGUGAAGGUUUUGAGCAUGAGUCGAUUGGGUGGAGCGGGUGCAGUGGCACCACUGGUAACUGACAUCCCACUAUCAUCAAUCGAGUCUUACAAAUCCAAUGGUGAUCAGGAAGAAGGUGGUGAAGGUGGAAGAAAUGGACCAGCAUGGGACAAGUGGUCAAACGAUGGCACUGAAAAACAGGUAGCUAAGCUUAUGGAAGAAAAUGUUGGAGCUGCGAUGCAAUUUCUUCAAUCAAAGGCGCUUUGCAUCAUGCCCAUCUCACUGGCAUCAGCGAUAUACCAGUCACAACCACCGGACAGCUCUAGUAUAGUCAAGCCUGAAACUAAUCCCCCUUCAUAGACCUCAGACACUUGGUGCAAAAUCCAUUGGCCCCAUCAAGGGCUCACCUAAAUACUUCUGGGACCUACAAAUAAUUUUGUCCGGUCCAAACCCUAUAAUUAAGUCAUUGGCAAGCAUCAUGUUGCAAUCAAAGUCAGAUGCCAUAACUUUUUCUUCUUCUUUUUUUUUGCCUUUCUCUCAGCUUUUGUCCAUACACGGUUCAAUGUCAAUGCCUUAGAAAAUAGAGGCAGACCCCUAUCUUGUCCUGCCAAGUUUCAUGAGGAAGAAAUUGUCAAAAGUUCACUUGAUAUGCUCUUGUUUCUUUUGCUUCAUUGGGUUGAGUGGAUGGUAGUGGAACAUGAUGAAAGCGCUUUUGUAGUGGGGCUUAAUUUUUGUUGUAGUGGGAUGUGGGACCUUGUAAAAGGUUAGAGAGUGGUGUGUAUAUUUUAGUAGUAGUGAUGUACUGAUGUUACACUAGAAGAUUUGAGAUGCAGAAUAGUUACUUUAGUGCAUUUUGAAUUUACAGUGAAGGCAAAAUUUCAGUGAUACUGAUUUUGUUGAAUCUCUUUGGCCGAAAUCACAUCGGUACAUUGACACUAAUGGUAAAUUCAAACAUGCAUUUAGCAAUGUUGGGAGUUACCAGUCCAGCAGAAAAUAAUUGUGUUUUUUGGUUAUUUUGGGAGUAUUAGGGAUUGUAUGAAUUGUUUAGUCAAAAGUAAUCGAAUUUUUCUAUAUUCUCCUUGAAUCAAUAUUGAAUUUUGAUCUA